GUACAACGACGCUGUCGACGGGUACGAGCAAAUUGAGAAAAUCAGGCACACCACCUGGAAAUCUACUCCGACCGAACUCCCCCUCCCAACCUUUCUCCCUCUUUGUCUUCCGACACACCCACAACCCUCAUCCAAACAAAUAUGGCCGACAUCCAGGAGCGCCUCAAGAAGCUUGGUGCUUCGUCGCGAAUUGGCGGCAAGGGCACCCCGCGCAGAAAGAUGAAGCGCGCCCCUGCGCGGUCCGGCACCGACGACAAGAAGCUGCAGCAGACCCUCAAGAAGCUCAACGUCCAGCCCAUCCAGGCCAUUGAGGAGGUCAACAUGUUCAAGAGCGACGGAAAUGUCAUCCACUUCGCUGCGCCUAAGGUCCACGCCGCCGUCCCCGCAAACACCUUCGCCAUCUACGGCAACGGCGAGGACAAGGAGCUUACCGAGCUCGUCCCCGGCAUCCUCAACCAGCUCGGCCCCGACUCUCUCGCCUCCCUGCGCAAGCUGGCCGAGAGCUACCAGAGCAUGCAGAAAAACGAGGAGGGCAAGGAAGCCGAUGAUGACGACAUCCCCGAGCUGGUUGCCGGCGAGAACUUCGAGGGCGAGUCCAAGGUCGAGUAAGCGGGUCUCCCGUUGAGGCUGGCCGGCCACGGGGUAACCCCCGGUGAUGGAUGGGACGAUGGCGGAAAGGAAAAGGAAAAGAAGGGGUGACUUGUAUUACCACUGCUCCGUCGGUCUAUCUACCCGCGGGCAGGUUGGUGGACACUGGUGGUUGUGGUAGUUGACGAUCGACAAUCUCCCGUUUUCGUGCGCACUGACGACAGGCAAAAAAAGAAAAAAUGGCACCCCAUCAUCCUGACUUCUUUUUUUCCCCCUUUGGUUACACAACGACUUGCGGUCAGUGGCAACGGAACGGCGGAUCGGGGAAUCUUCUCUAGAGGUAUACUCUACUCUAGUAUCAUGGACGAACAGUCCACCUCGCCAUGGGUUUUGCGAGAAAAUGAAGAUAUGAAACAAAAUUGAACCCGCUG